CAGACAAGCUUGAAAGCCUCCAUUGAGCCAGUCGGCAGGAAUUUGGGGUACUAAUGCCACUCGCAGGAGGCGGAAGAAAGCAGCUGACCACUCACUUUGCGAGUUCUGCCCACCUACUCUCGUGACUUCUCAACUUUGUUCUUCCUUUCUUCUCACUUGCUUUGCGUCGAACUGUGUGAGCUAACAACAAUCAACCGGCUUUGGUAAUCCAGCAUCAUGACUUGGGUCAACUUGUUUGGGUCGAAGUGGAGACUGGUGCUGAGCGCUCUCUUUAUUUGUGUCAUAAUCUCCGAGUUAGCUUGUUGUCAUAAAGAUGCUCAAGAGGAAAGGAGGAGUUCAGGGAAGAAGGUCAAGCCUGGAAAACCCAAACAGGCCAAAGCAGCAAAGAAAGGGCCUCUGGCUGUAAAAACUAAACCAAAGGUUAAAGCACCAACGCAGACUCAGAACUUACUUACGCAGGUGAUACAUAGAAGCAAGUUCAUCAAGGUGGAAGAAACAAUAAGCGUGCAUGCUGGACACACUCUGGAGUUAAGGUGCAGGGGAAAACCCGUGCAGUGGGGCCUCCCAUCGUACCUGGAAGAGGAGGAUGAAGGCAGGCUCAGGAUUGUUCAGCAUGAGCGCUACAGUGUUCUGACACUUGUCAAUAGCACAGGUGCAGACACAGGGGAGUAUACAUGCUUCCCCAUGUUCUGUGAGGACACAGAUUGCAGGAGGAGCCAUGACAACGCUGCUAAAGUCUUUGUUUUCUUCCCUGAUCCACAGGAGCUUUUUGUCCCAUCGUCUGAUUACUACGAGGUAAUCCAGCUGAGAACCAACUGGCCAACCCGCCUGCCAUGCCAGGUGACAUCACCCGCGGCCAAUGUGACGCUGCACCGCGAGUUCCCGCCAGUGGAGGUGACAGUGGAUGGAACGGAGAUCUCCUUCAACGUGAAGAAGGGUUUCACCAUCCAUCGACCGCGGCUCUCUCAUGCUGGUGCCUUGUACUGCGUGGCCAGUCUGGGGGGCCUGAGGCAGAGCUCUACCAAGUACAUGCUCAUCUAUGUCAACUACCCCAUGGCUCCCCCCGCUCCAGUCAUCCAGGCCAAUUCGACCUCUCUGUCUGCUGGUGACAAUCUACGUGUCAGCUGCACUGUGAUCGGAGAGAGGAAUGUUGCAGUAGAGCUCACAUGGGAGUACCCUGGACAGAAGAUAGGGAGGCCUAUGUACACGCUUGAGAGCAUCAAUCCAGUUGGUGGGGGAGCAGCCAGACAGCAGAUCCAGUCCAUUCUGUUGGUGGAUGAGGUGAGGGAUGUGGACCAAGGAGCAUACACUUGCACUGCUGAGAACCUGCAAGGAUCCAAAUCAGUGUCCACCACAGUCAAAGUGCUUCCCAAAACUAAACCUUUAAAACCAUGAAGCACUGCCACACAGCACGUUUCACUUUUGUAUCCAACAUAGUCUGAAGAGGACAUGUCAGCAGAAAAAUGGUGGCAAUACAUGGAGUAUGCAAAAUAUUGUGCAUCGCAUUUGCUCUAUUAAACUGAUAUUUAGACAUA